UUUCUGCACUUGUCACUGAAAGAACUCUUCUGUUAGGCUUGGCAUAUCAUAUCCGGAGUUGACCAAAAUGCAUGCACGGGCCAUAUUUGAAGCUGCAAUCUCCAUGAGCAAUCAGGGAGUGAAAGUCUUGCCAGAGAUAAUGGUUCCUCUCACAGGAACACCUCAGGAGUUUGAGCAUCAAGUGAGUCUGAUAAGAACAGUGGCACAGCAAGUCUUCACUGAGAUGGGAACCUCCAUAAGCUACAAGGUCGGAACCAUGAUCGAGGUUCCAAGGGCUGCCCUUGUUGCAGAUGAGAUUGCUGUGCAGGCAGAGUUCUUCUCUUUUGGAACAAAUGACCUCACACAGAUGACAUUUGAAUACAGUAGGGAUGAUGUUCGCAAGUUUCUUCCCAUCUACUUAUCCAAAGGCAUCCUCCAAAAUGAUCCCUUUGAGGUGCUUGAUCAGAAAGGAGUAGGUCAGCUCAUUAAGAUUGCUGCAGAAAGAGGCAGAAGAGCUAGGCCUGAUCUCAAGGUAAGUGGUAUAUAUGUAUGAAGCUGCAGCACAGAGGAGGAGGUCUUAGUAGGAUGUAUGGUGCUCGAGCUGAAGGCUAAGCUUACUUCGCAGCAGAGCUUGUUUGAAUUGAAUAUCUUGGUUGAUCGUGAUGAAUUUGGAAGAGUCAUCGAGAAGAUGCCUCAAGCUGAAACAAGCACAUUGUAAUCAAGUUAGAUUCGUUCAUGGCAUUACUUCAUCAUGUAGGAGUUUUGUGAAGGUAAGUUACCACCUAUUCUGAUUAGAGUUUGAACUAUCAUCUGGUGGCUUUGGUAUGUUUUUUAUUGCCAGGCUACUCAAACAAAUAGCAAAGAGGAGAACAAUUGUGGGUCUCUAACGUCAAAUUCUUGAAUUUAGUAGUUUCUAUUGCUGCUAACCAGGUUUUGGAUACUUGUCAGAGACGAGGAAUUUCUGUUAAACACAGCUUUCUCGGUGAUCUCAUCAAGUACAUUAUCUUUUCAAAUACUAGAUUCUUUAUUCUACCUUUAUCUAGCCGGAUACAACUCUUUAAAUUUCAUAUAUAUAGAAGAAUUAAGAUUGUUCCUCAGAUGGUUCUGCCUGUGACUCCUUUUGAAUAAGAAAUGUGUAGUGCAUCUAUUGAGCCUUCAUGAGUAAGCACAUUAACUGCAUCAAAAAAUUAGAACUCUACUGGAUUUUAGGCUUAUGGCAAAGAAGUCUGUCUCACUUCAUAAAUUUUGGACUGGCCUUUGUCUCUAGUGGAUUUUAGGCUGGCGGCAAGAAUGGAAAAAAAAAGAGGCUCUUUCACUUCAUGGAUUUUGCAAUGGCCUCUGUCUUUCAUACUGAAUGCCAGAUAAAAUAUUUGAACUAAAAACUAUUGUUUUUGUCAUAUCUCUUUCAUUAGAAGUCUUCGUUCCAGAUCCCUACCUCUGUAUAUGUUAUUCAAAGGAAUAUCCAGAGUACCAAAAAGCAUUACAUAUGUGUCUUCUUGAUGAUUUCUCUAGGCUUUUCUUCUUGCAUGAAAAUGGAACUUGUUUGAAUAGCUAUGAAAGAAACAAUUUCUUCUCUCGAGAUAUGUUGCACUCGGCUCAGAGUUGUAAUCCUUUCAAGCUUUGUUGCUGUUGUUGCAUUACAACUACUGUUUUAACAAUUGUUUUUUUGUUGGUAGCUUGCUGCAAAUCAGAUCAGCGGUUGUGGAAACACUUAAGUUCUGCAUCGUCUGCUGUUUAUAUUUUGAUCAUAACACAUAAAUGCAGAAGAGAAGAUCGGACCUGCAGAAAGUGGAAGCGGAAGGUAAAGUUAGCCUGCUACAAAGAUCGUGACUGUGGAAGAUAAAAGAAAGCAAUGACAACGUCGUGACAGUCGAAGUUAAAGAUGGAUAGAUCCUUCUCCGAUAGACUAGACGAAGGAAAGUGGACAUUUUCAAGAGGCCUUGGAGUCGUUCCUUGUCGACAUCAUGUUAUCAGGGACAUGACCUGCUCCUGUUGACCUUUGAGUUGAGGUCAACCCUUUCAAGUUUGACACGUCUUGUUCUUAGUCUACCACUUCGCUCGUCAUAGUGGCCUCAAGCUCCAUCAGCCGUGUAUGUUUGGUCUACCGAGUCUGAUUUAUCCUUCUGGUCAAUGGUUAAUGGGGCACGUUGUUGACGUAGUGACAUGGGUUUCAUAGUGUCGUCAUAGCAGGAGAGUUUUGCGUUGAUGUCCACCGAGGCGAGGCUUGUGAGACGUUUCAGAAAUUUCGUUCAUGGCUCCAUAGGGUCAGAAUCUGUCAUGGAAUUCUCUUUCCGUCUGUCGUAAUACCACUCCUCAUCUGAUGGUGCCUUGGAAGCUUUAUAAGAGGAGCCCUUUGAUCUCAUUCCCAAGCAUACUCUUAUCCAACCGCUUGUGCCUCAACAAGACUCGCUCCUACUCACCGCUCAACCAAGGCAGUCAUGGAGUCCGGUCUUAGGAACCUCCACUUUGUUCUCAUCCCGUGGCUGGGCAUGAGCCACACGAUUCCCAUGAUCGACAUCGGCCGCCUGCUCGCCGAGCGUGGCGUGACCGUCACCGUCGUGAUGACGCGGGACGGUGCCGCUCGACUGAGCCCGACCAUCGCCCAAAUCGCCAGCUCGGGUCUUCCCAUCCGCUUCGCCACCCUCCCCUUACCCUCGGUGGAGGUGGGCCUCCCGGAGGGCUGCGAGACCGGCGACAGCCUACCCUCCAUGGACUUGAUGCCCAACCUCUACCGCGGAUCCAAGUUUCUGCGGCAGCCCUUGGAGGAGCUGCUUCGAGAGCAGACGAUCGCCCCGAGCUGCAUCAUCUGCGGCGCGCGCUACCCGUGGAUUCCGGAGGUUGCUCGCGAGCUCGGCAUUCCAUGCUUCAUCUUCCAAGGCUUUGGCUCCUUCGCACUUCUUUGCAUGCACAACCUCUACUGUUACAGGCCCCAUGAGCGCGCGUCGUCCCCGACCGAGCCCUUCGUAGUCCCAGGCUUGCCAUUUCAUUUCGAGAUCGCCAGGCAGCAACUACCACUUCAAUUCCAGUUGUUGCCUCGUUUCACGGAGAUUUGCAAUGAAGUACGAGAGGGCGAAUUAGCCAUGGACGGUGUCCUCGUCAACAGUGUCGACGAAUUGGAGCCAGGAUAUGCCGAGCGCUUAGCGGCGGCCUCCGGGAAGAAGGUGUACACCAUCGGACCGGUGUCGCUGUGUUAUAAAUCAGGGAGGUUGGACAUGGCUAAUAGGGGUAAGAAGCUGUCAGUGGAUGCAAGCCGAUGCUUAGAUUGGCUUGAUUCGAUGAAGCCACGGUCCGUGAUCUACGUCAGUUUCGGUAGCUUCGGCAGCUUCGCACCCGCACAACUGAUGGAGCUCGGCUACGGUCUGCUCGCCUCAAACAGGCCAUUCAUCUGGGUCAUCAAUGGCCUGGAAAGGUUUCCGGGCGCAGUAGACCAAUGGCUGCAAGAGAAGCUCGAGAAAGAAGGUGACUCAAAGUGUCUCUUGAUCAGGGGGUGGGCGCCGCAGGUGAUGAUCCUGUCGCACCCGGCGGUGGGUGGUUUCUUGACGCACUGCGGGUGGAACUCGACGCUGGAGAGCGCGAGUGCGGGCGUACCGAUGGCGACAUGGCCGCUCUUCUCGGAGCAAUUCCUCAACGAGAAGUUGAUCCUGGAUGUGCUCGGGAUCGGAGUCGCGGUGGGCGUCAAGACCUCCAUGCAGCAGAUGAGGCAAUCGCCGGAAGAGGGAGCGCGGAUCUCGAGGGAGGAAGUCGCUAAGGCCGUGGAGAGGUUGAUGGACGGAGGGCAGGAGGGAGAAGAGAGGAGAAGGAGAGCUGAAGAAUUUGGAGAGAAGGCACGGAAAGCGAUGAUGGAGGGAGGUUCUUCGUAUGAGAACGUGACACGAUUGAUUGAAUUGGUGGCAACAAAAGCGAAGGAAUAGGAGAUGAAUGUAUGACUUGUUUUCCUCCAGUAAUAAUGUAGCACACGCCAUGCGUCAGAAAUUGUUUGGCGAAAUAAAUGAUAUCAUCACUUGGCUUCUUCA